CUAAUAAAGUAAAGCGCUUGCCUGGGUGGUGGCCUCCAGGCGCCCCAGACAGGGCGUCCCCAAGACGUCCCUCCACAGGCUCCCGGGUCCCCGAGAACUGCAGGACAAGGACCCUUUCGCCCCGCCCUGGGGCCCCGCCAGCCCAGAGUGAGGACCGAGGCUAUGCUGCCUGUGACCGCCAGGGUCUCUGUCCUGGCCUGGCAGUGGCCCUCUCUCCUUCGGCCCCGAGCGGAAGCUGCUCUCACGCCUGGUGUCCCCGCCGCCUGCCCCUCGCCUCUCCCAACUCGGGUCCCCUGGGCUGCUCUUCUGGAGACGUCUCCAGCCACCAUGUAGAGCCUUCUCUCCUUGCCCCACCCUAGCGUGUUUCUGGCACCAGGAGGGGAAGAAUGCCCUGAAACCCGAGGAGAGGCCGUCCUUGGUGACACGCCUGGAGAUGUGCAUUAAUAGAAGCCUCCCUCAAGCCCUUGACACGUCUGGGCAGCUGCUCAGCCCCGUCCAGCGUCCCUCAGCCCAAGACCGGCCCACUCUGGCUCGGCCAGGCACCCUAAACUUAGCUUCCACCCCUGGCUCCACCACCUCAGCCCCGCUGCCACCUGCCCAGGAGGACGCUGCCCCGAGCACCCACCCUCCCUGACUGCCAUGUCCCAGACCAAAGCCCUGAAGGUCCGUGUGACCCUCUUCUGCAUCCUGGUGGGCAUCGUGCUGGCCUUGGUGGCCGUGGUGACCGACCACUGGGCCGUGCUGAGCCCCCACGUGGAGCACCUCAAUGCCACCUGCGAGGCGGCCCACUUCGGCCUCUGGCGGAUUUGCACCAAGCGGAUCGCCGUGGGCGACAGCAAGGACAAGAGCUGCGGACCCAUCACCCUGCCUGGGGAGAAAAACUGUUCCUACUUCAGGCAUUUUAACCCGGGCGAGACCUCAGAGAUCUUCCACGUCACCACUCAGAAAGAGUACAGCAUCUCGGCGGCCGCCAUCGCCAUCUUCAGCCUCGGCUUCAUCAUCCUGGGAACCAUCUGCGGGCUCCUGUCCUUCAGGAAGAAGCGGGAUUACCUGCUGAGGCCGGCGUCCAUGUUCUACGCCUUCGCAGUCCCUCCACUUCUGCCCUUUUCAGCAUCUACAGGAGAUGCACCACGUGGUCCCAUAACCUCGGCAAACAGGAUUUACGCAUUUAAAAAUCAUCACCAAAUACACUUGAGGUGGUAAUAACGAUGGCAUGUAGCCGGGACAGAGCACUCGACGUGCGUUUUCUCUGAGUCUCACGACAACCCUGCUAGUGUCAGCUUCUCUUAUCAUCCCCCUUGAACAGAUGAAGAAACAGACUCAGCAAGGCUGAGUACCUGCCCUAGAGCCACACAGCUAGUAAGGCAGGCGGCAGAGCAAAGAGAGCCUCGCCCCUGUCCACUCGCAGCAACUGAGCUGUGAGCUGUUGUGCUGUGUCGUAGAGUUCAGUCUUGCCGGGUCUCAGGUUUCUGGAGGGACCAAGGGUUCCUGAAGGUUCCUUGUGAGCUGUGCAGAUGUUGGACUCCAAGUUAUUCCAACUGGAACGACAACCAAAUGCAGGUCGUGUGACAGGCAUCAGUGUGGUAUAUUACAGACCUCCAAAGAGUUAAAAGCUGUGCUGUAACUUUCUUCUAAGGAGACCUUAACACAGAGUUUCUUCAGCUAUUUGGCUGCAUGUAUUUCAGCUUCUUGUCUGUGUUUCAUGGAUGAGGGUAUUUUUUCUGCACUGGUCUUUGGAAAAUUCACGCCUGUGCUUGUCUGCUCAGAUGACACGAGGCAGGCACACAUGCUAGUGUUCUCCUUGAUGACUCACGAUGUGUGCGCAUAUUGUCCAACCAAGACAAAGUCAAGAAAACAAAUCAGUGUGAGAUGGAGCUGUCAGACGGCAUCUGCCUUUCAUAGACUCUGUUUUCCAGUGUUUGUGUGCUUCAGCACAUCACCAUUGCUCUCAGGAACUGACGUCACAGGAAGCUGUUCUGAAACGUGUUUACGAAAUACAUUUGUAAAAAUAAAAAUAAAUA